AGGGCUAGCGCGGCCGGAAGUACGGUAUGAUAUGCCAAGAUAUUAAAUGUUUUGACAGUGUCUGUCACUCAGUGAUACCGCAAAGCUUACCAACGUGAUUGCGUUCGUCUUGAGUACAACGGAAGUUGUCACUGCCAUUUGCAUGCUCCCUGUUUUGUCAUUCACUUAAAUUAGACCAGGCAUAGGGAAUGAAAUAUCGUUAUUCGUUAAAAUCUUGAAAACUGGGCUCGGGCUCAGCUCAGGCUCAGCUAAGGCUGCCCCAUCCAAUGACAUUGGAGUUGGAUGUUGCACUUGUUGUUGUACUUGUACUUUCUCCAAUCUGUGGCUCUUCAGAGUUCAGUGUGUGUGGAUGAAGAUGGUCAAAUUCCAAGGCCGACAUGCAAGAUGAUGAAGACAUUGACUACCGAAAUCUCCUUGCAGCUAGCUCAGAAGAGGAUCUCGUUUUAUUUGAGAAAGACCUUUGGACUGGUGGUGGCAGUUCAUCUUUGGCUCAUGUAAAACGUAAACGACCUGAAAUUGAAAACCGCUUUGACAAUUGGUCCGAUAAAUUGGUAUCAAAUGUGAUCUCAUUGUUUCACGGUCGGAAAGAGAAGCAGCAUCCACCAGAAUCUGAGACAGUUGUGGAAAAUGAUGAGAUCAAAGUUUGUUAUUCAGAUCAGCCUCUGAAAAGUCUGAUUCUGAAUGCAGCUGCAUCACCCCUAAUCGGAAGCCAGGACGUUGAAACACAGGACAAAAAACAAGAUGGAAUAUGGUCUAACGCUCAGGCCGGCAUUGGAAGAUUUUGGUUUAGUGCCAAGCCUAAGAGUAAGACCAACAAUGAUGACUGUGUUAGACUUACAUCACUUGUGUCAAUAGACAGUGACACUGCAGAUUGUAGUGAUCACGAUGCCAGUGCAGAGUCAGAGGUUGUAUUGCAUAGCUGUAUUGAUCAAAGUCCCAACUUUGGGGAAAGUUGGCCCGGACAAAGUGCUGAUGAAAACAAACGGGACAUUGACAAGGGUUGCAAUAGUUUAGUGGGCAAUGAAUGUGCAGAAAACAUGCCUGGAAAGUACAACUACACAGCAAUGGACAACUCGCAGGUUGACAUAGGGGAGAGCGAGGAGCUGGACCCACUGUUUGGUGGAAACAGAAAAUCAUCAGAUGUUUAUUACAAAGGUCGUCAAAGAACAUGCAGAAAAAGACUCCUAGCGUCUAUGCUGAUCAUCCUCAUCCUCGGUGUAGCAAUAGGAUGCGGUAUAGCUGUAGGCCUGAUCUACGGCAGGGACAGUGAGAGUGAGCCGAGUCCAAGGACAGGCUAUGUCUACCGAGAAGCUGCUGUUGCUGCCGACGCAGCUCGUUGCUCUGAGGUCGGAAGGGAUAUACUUUUAAAUAGAGGAAGUGCCAUGGAUGCGGCCAUCGCUGGAUUACUAUGCGUGGGACUGUUCAAUGCCCACAGUGCAGGUAUAGGUGGAGGCAGCUUCAUAAUGUACUAUGACAGAGAAACAGAGACGCCAUCUUUCUUGAAUUCCAGAGAAGUAGCUCCCCUGCUGGCAUCCACGGACAUGUAUACAAAUGAGAGUUUAGAUGCAUCAACUGUUGGUGGUCUUGCUAUUGCGGUGCCUGGUGAGGUAAUGGGGUACUGGGAGGCCCAUCAGAGUUUCGGCAAACUCCCUUGGGCUGACCUAUUUGAGCCCUCUAUAGAGAUUGCAGAGCAAGGUUUUACCGUAGGCCCAGCCCUGGCAAAUGCGAUAGACAGCCAGAGUGAUCGUAUCAUGGAUGAUCCAAACUUGAGGGAGAUAAUGUUGGAUGAAAAUGGGGUCCUCCUGAAGGAGGGCGGUACCAUGUACAGACGAAAGCUGGCUCAAACCAUGCGCACAUUGGCCGCAGAGGGUGCUGCAGCCUUCUACAAUGGAUCAAUGGCUGCUACCAUAGUAGCAGAAAUAGCAGAAAGUGGUGGGAUCGUGAGUGUGGAUGAUCUUGCCCAGUACCGGGUAGCAGUCAAGGCUCCUAUCAGUAUAGAAAUCAAUGAUUAUAAGACUUAUACCGGUCCCCCUCCAUGCAGUGGAGCAGUGUAUUCUCUCAUCAUAAAUAUACUAGAAGGUUAUGGUUUCAGUCCGGAAAGCCUGCAAUCUAUCGGAGAUGAAACAUUGACAUACCAUCGUAUCAUUGAGGCAUUCAAGUUUGCCUAUGCCAAGAGAAGUGCCUUGGGAGAUGCAGACUUUGUGGAUGUGGAAGAACUUGUAGCAAACCUGACUUCCCAAGAUUAUGCUGAUGGUCUCCGUGCACAGAUAACAGAUGAUAGAACCCAUGAUACCGAAUACUACGGACCAUCAUUUACAAUUGUAGAAGACAGUGGUACUUCCCACAUUUCAGUGGUAGACCAGUUUGGAAACGCUGCUUCAAUCACCAGUACUAUAAACACAUACUUUGGCUCUAAGGUGCGUGGAAACACUACAGGGAUCAUCUACAACAAUGAGAUGGAUGACUUCUCCAAGCCCGGAGCUCCAAACGCUUAUGGAGUGCCGCCCUCUCCGGCAAACUUCAUCCUACCAGGGAAGCGCCCUCAAUCUUCAAUGACGCCAGUCAUCAUGGUGGACGAUGACGGAGACGUGCAGUUCGUUGUGGGGGCAUCCGGAGGCACCAGAAUCACCACGGCAACCAGCCUGAUUACCAUGGAAAGUCUUUGGUUUGGUUCUAGUCUUCAAGAUGGAGUAGAAAGAAGGCGUGUCCACAAUCAGCUACUUCCCAAUGCCACCAGGUACGAACCAGGAUUCCCUCAGGAUGUUAUAGAUGGUCUGAUCCCGAAAGGCCAGUAUGUGGAGGAGAGUACCAGCGGUGCCGUCGUCCAGGUGAUCAAGCGUCUGGAAGAUGGAUGGGUGGAAGGAUACUGUGAUAGCAGGAAAGAUGGCAAACCCUCAGGAUUCUAAACAUUGAUCAGACCACACAUCCAUAGGGUAGUUUUAAAGCCCCACUGUCCUACUUGUAGCUACUUGCUCCCUCUAUGUAGAAAACAAUGCCUAAUCAGUGACCAUUGGUCCCCCAUGAUCCUCUUUUUCU